GUUUCGACGCCACGCCUCUGUGCGUUUUCCUCCGCGCGUUGAUUUCGUACCAAAACUCAUACUUGGCAUUCCGCCUUUUUCUGUCAAACACGGUUAUUUGUACCGAGGAAAUACUCGCGGUACGUGAAGCAAAAGUGUUUUGGAAAGGAACCCGCACGGAGCCGAGUGUGUGGCAGUAGCAGCGGGGCAGGGAAGCCAUAGUAAGGUGUGUUGUGGUCAGGAGCCGUCAUCAUUGCGUCGGAGUGGAGUUGCCGUGGCAGCCCUGACGGGGCGCAGGAGGACGGCGCCGAUGGAGAAGGAGUGGCAGAUGGGGCGGACCGUGGAUUGGAUGGUGACCCCGAGGGAGUUUGGAGUCCAGACAUUGAGCAGAGCUUUCACGAAGCUCUGGCCAUCUACCCUCCCUGCGGCAGGAGGAAGAUCAUACUUUCUGACGAGGGGAAGAUGUAUGGUCGAAAUGAGCUGAUAGCUCGCUAUAUCAAGCUACGAACAGGGAAGACGCGCACACGCAAACAGGUGUCUAGUCACAUUCAGGUUCUGGCACGUAAGAGGGUACGAGAAUACCAGACCAGCAUCAAGGACCAGGUAUCCAAAGACAAAGCAUUGCAGACAGUAGCCAAUCUCUCAUCAGCUCAGAUUGUGUCUGCUAGUGUAAUGAAACCCCAGACUCCGUUUCCACCACCAGUCAGAUUUUGGCCCGGCCCUAUGCCAGGACAGCCUGGACAUUCUCAGGACAUCAAGCCCUUUGCACAGCCACCAUACACUACACUACCAGCCGCUGUCCCUGCACCUAUCAGCUAUGAGCCCCUGCCUCCCCCACGACCAGCAGCUAUAGCAGCUCCUGUAUGGCAAGACAGAACCAUCGCCUCAGCAAAACUACGGCUCUUGGAGUACUCUGCUUUUAUGGAGAUCCAGAGAGACAGGGAGACGUAUAAACACCUUUUCGUACUCAUUGGCCCAUCAAACCCUGGCUACAGUGACCCCGUAUUGGAGUCCAUAGAUGUGAGGCAGAUUUAUGACAAGUUCUCCGAGAAGAAAGGAGGCCUGAAGGAGCUAUAUGAAAAAGGGCCACACAACGCAUUCUUCCUCGUCAAGUUCUGGGCGGACCUGAGCAGCGACAUCGAGGAGGGCGCUGGUGUGUUCUACGGUGUGAGCAGCCAGUACAGUGGUACAGAAAACAUCACCAUCAGUGUCUCAACGAAGGUCUGCUCCUUUGGCAAACAGGUGGUCGAGAAGGUUGAGACAGAAUAUGCACACAUGGAAGGGGGAAAGUAUGUGUUCCGCAUCAAUCGUUCACCCAUGUGUGAAUAUAUGAUCAACUUCAUCCACAAGCUCAAACACCUGCCAGAGAAAUACAUGAUGAACAGUGUACUGGAAAACUUCACCAUCCUACAGGUGGUGUCCAACAGAGAAACUCAGGAGACUCUGCUGUGCAUCGCCUUUGUGUUCGAAGUGUCCACCAGUGAACAUGGUGCACAGUACCAUGUUUAUCGACUAGUUAAUGACUAGCAGCACGUUGCGUGCAUGCAGAGACUCUCCACAGACUUUUUGAUAUAUACAGCAUAAACACUAUUUCCAGCUCAAACACAGAGAAUCAACACUCCUCUACUCUAAAUACACACUAGUUUUAACAGACCAACAGUCACACUGUCGUCACACUGUGUAUGCAUUUCCAUCGCUGCAAUCUAUGCACACAUUUCUUAACAUCCCAUGACUUAAACACUAAAUUUGAAAUUCAUUUUUUAUAGGUUUUGACCACAAUGUGGCGUAAUUAUCAGUACGUGUCGUCGUAAUGUUAUUCAAUGCAAUUAUUCAGUCGAAUGCCUGAAUAAUUACAUAAUCACCUGGUAAAUCUGAUGUUGCACAACUCUCAAUGUCAUUAUGGGUGUACGAUUUUUCUUUUUUAAUAAGAAAUUGAAUUCAUUGACAAAAAGAAACCAGCGAAAGAACCAAACCACACUUAAUCAAGUUUAAAAUGCUAUAUUUUUCCAUCAUAUACAUUAUAUAAAAUGACAAUCUAGCUGUGGUGCACUGAAAAUGGAUGUUCUCUUCUCCAGGGAGUUUUCCAAGCAUAUGAAUUUACAUCAUGGGUGUGACUGAUGUGAGACAAGUUUGAAUAUAGGUUGGCAAUCAAAUCAUUUAACCAGUGUUAAUCUAACUCUUCCACCAUGCCUAUUUCUAGCUCUAUAAGGUAGGAAUUGAUUGAGCCUAUAAUGGCGUAUCCUUUAUCACUGCUCAGUGUGGAGAAUCAUUAUACUCCAGUUGGUUUAAUCAAAACUGUUAGGAUCAUAUGACAGAACUAGUGUGAAAGAGUGCCUUUUCCGAGAAUGCAAUUCACUACACGUGAAGACAUAAAAGUCGUAUUUAUAUUUGAAACACAUUGUCAAAGUGUAAAGAGGGCCCUCCUUUUAGGUGUAUUUGCAGUUCAAAGGUUUCCAGUGGUACAGUGUGUGGAGGGGAAGAUCGCUUGUUAAAAUGUUAAAGAGGUGUUUUAAUUUUGACUCACUUGUUUUUGGAGAGAAAAAAUAGUUCCCAGCCAGUUUCGGAUUCAGUUCAGCAUUUUGAAUGAAAUAAUUAUCUUUUACUGUUCAUUUACACAAUACUGUUUUAGUCUAACUGCGUUGGUUUCGCUGCAGUAUUUCUACCUCUGCGUGAGUUGGGAUAAGAAUGUGCUUUGGUUCAUAAAGCCUUAACCUGAGGAGCACUGAUGUAUAGGACGUGUACACUACACUUGUAAUGGUACUGUUUAUAAGCCAAAACAAGGUAAAUAGACUUGUUUUUGUAAAGAUGAACUAUCUUUCUUUGUAUUUUACCAGCACAGCUAGAAGUUUUACUCUAAACAUCAGAAAUGGUGGGUGUUUUGGUUGUAUCUUUUUUGGUGUCUGCAAAAUGAUGUAUGGUACAGACCACACUAAGGUUACCCACAGUGCACUGGGGUAGAUUUUUGUCUGAUAACACUAACAAAUUAUCCAGCUUACACUUGCUUACUUUCUGUUUUGGUCGAUGUAUUGUUUUUUGUUUCUGGUAAACAUUGCUACCAGCAUUUUUUUAUAUAGUAAAUGUUAAUUGACUGUAUUACGCCCUCUCCUGGAAGGGUUAUCUUUUAACUAUUAUCAUGAAAGUAAAAGCCAACUGGUUUAAAAAAAAAAAAAAAA